GCCAGCUUGACAUGGACUCAUUACAACUGUACUUACAUGUCAUUAAAGUCUUAUUACCCAGUAUGCCUAGUGUGUCUGAUCGGAAGUUUGCACAAAAUGAUGAUUCUGAUUCUGAUGAUGAGGUCAUGAUUUCAGAGCACGAUGGAUUCACGACUCUUCCAGCCUUAAGGGAGAAGUGUCUGAACUUGUUAAGUACUGAAGAACACACAGCUAGCAUCCUAAAAAUUAGUUCACAACAAUGCACUGUAACUCUACUCACUGACUUAUGUGUCUUAUGUCAUCAGCUUAUUGUCAGACAUCGACAACAUGUGCCAAGGACAAA